UUUUAAUAUAACGAUGCGGCGGAAAACAUUAUUCUACACUGUCAACAUUAUAAUACCUUGCAUGGGUAUUUCCUUUCUCACAGUGCUGACGUUCUACCUGCCGUCUGAUAGUGGAGAAAAGGUGACGUUAUCGAUAUCUAUCCUCAUUAGUCUCCACGUGUUCUUCCUUCUGGUUGUGGAGAUCAUCCCGCCAACGUCCCUGGUGGUGCCACUUCUAGGAAAAUAUUUAAUUUUUGCUAUGAUCCUAGUAUCCAUAAGGUGAGUAACAGCU